GAUCGGAGCGGGAGAAGGGAAGGAGCGGGGCGUGUCAAGGCCGGAUAGUAGGAGAAGCAGAAGAGAAGACAGAGCCCCGCACGCCCCCGCCUGCCUCGCCCCGGCCGUCCACCCCCCGCCAUGUCCGGAGCGGCGCGGAGCCUGCUGUCCGAGCCCGGCCGCUACAUGCGCGCCUUCCGCCUCUUCCUGACCCGCUCCACCGAGCACCAGGCUAUGCGGGCCUUCAUCGGGGACCGCCUGCCGCCACUCCUCCACAGCAUUGGCGAGGGAAAGGAAGAAAUCAACAUUCUCAGUAUUGGAGGAGGUGCAGGGGAGAUUGACCUCCUGAUCGUGACCCAGGUCCGCGCUCGGUACCCCGGCGUCCCAAUCAACAAUGAGGUGGUGGAGCCCAACGCUGAGCAAAUCGUUAAGUACAAAGAACGUGUGGCCACAACAGCAGGCCUGGAGGGCGUCAGGUUUACCUGGCAUCAGGAGACGGCUGAGGAAUACCAGCACCGGACCACAGCUAGCCACCAGCUUCGCAAGUGGGACCUGAUCCACCUCAUCCAGAUGUUGUAUUACGUCAAGGACAUCCCAGCCACCCUCUCAUUCUUCCAUGGACUUCUGGACACCAAUGCCAGGAUUCUGAUCAUUCUCGUGUCAGGCUCCAGUGGCUGGGCCCACCUGUGGAAGCAGUUUGGUGCCUCCCUGCCCCGGGACGAUCUGUGCAAGUACAUCUCUGCGGCCGACGUAGCCGCAGCCCUGGAUGCCGGGGGGAUGCGCUUCCAGUCUCACGAGCUCCCGUCUGACUUGGACAUCUCUGACUGCUUCGUGGAAGGCAGCGGGGAUGGGGAGCUGCUGCUGGACUUCUUGACCGAGACCUGCAACUUCAGCAAGGUGGUGCCGCCUGCUCUGAGAGCCGGGGUCCUGGAAGCCCUGCGGGACCCUGCAUGCAGCGUCCACAGAGAUGGGAAGGUUCUGUUCAAUAACAACCUGGAGGCAUUGAUGGUGGCGCCCUGACCGGUCGGCCGGCUGCCCCCUGCUCCCCCUCCGCCAGCCCAUCUCCUCCAGUAUUAACCCUGCACUUGCAGAAUUGUAUUGGCCGGUAGUGCUUAGUGGACUUAGCUUCUCCUUUCUAACUCCCCCCGGAAAUAGGUUUGGGGCAGCAUUAGGGGGUCCUCAGAGCGUCCUGGAGGCGGAACUUGCCAAAAGGCAGUACUCGACGUACCGCUGGUGGCCUGUCUGCUAUGGUGUUCCCUAUGGUGUUUGCUCUCCUGGGAUUGAUUAAAAGAUAUUUUAUGGGGGAAAGAAAAGGAAGGAUGAAAGGGUUCCACUUGCCUUCCUGUUAGCUUAAGAUAAGUUUGAGGUGUUUUUUAGAGGCAUGAUUUUCUGUUAAAGUUUGCUCUGGGGUUGAA